AUGUCAACAUUCACCUUAAGUACAACGCAAAAGAACAAACCUCUCUUACUUUCUAAAGGAUUCAGUUAUACUAUUGACAAAACAACAAAUGAUAAAACGUAUUGGAAAUGUGAAGAUGCUCGAAAGCUCAAAUGCAAAGGUCGCGUUCAUACUAAUAAUAUUAACACAAUAUUACUACAUGAAAAUGAUAGUCAUAAUCAUAAUGGUAGUGCCGUUUCAACUGAAAUCAGAUUAUUCGAAGAAAAAGUUCGGGAUCGCGCAAUGAACUGCAACGAAGCAACACAAACUGCUAUUUGA